UCCAUCCCAUCUUUUAACUCCUUCUCUAACUUUUCACUCCCACUUCCCACUCUCUACUCUCUCCAUCAUGGCUCACCUGCUCCCCUUCCUCGUCCUCACUCUCCUCGCCGCCACCGCCUCCGCCCACAACAUCACCGACAUUCUCGCCGCCAACCCCGACUACAGCGACUUCAACGACUUCCUCUCCCAAACCGGCCUCGCCGGCGACAUCAACACCCGCCAGACCAUCACCGUCCUCGUCCUCAACAACGCCGCCUUCUCCGCCGUCGCCGCGAAACACCCCCUCUCCGUCGUCAAGAACCUCCUCAGCCUCCAUAUCCUCCUCGACUACUUCGACAACACAAAGCUCCACCAGAUCACCAACGGGACCACUCUUUCCACCACUCUCUACCAAACCACAGGUAAUGCCAACGGCAACGUCGGCUCCGUCAACAUCACCGACCUCAAAGGCGGCAAGGUCGGCUUCGGCUCCGCGGCUCCCGGCUCCAAACUCGACUCCUCCUACAUCAAAUCCGUCAAAAGUAUCCCCUACAACAUCUCCGUCAUCGAAAUCAGCGCGCCGAUAAUGGCGCCGGGGAUCCUCGCGGCUCCUCCUCCGUCAGCCGACGUUAACAUAACGGCGCUAAUCGAAAAAGCCGGAUGCAAAACGUUCGCCUCACUUAUCUCCUCUAACGGACUCAUUAAAACGUUUCAGGCAACGGCGGAUAAAGGUUUGACUAUUUUCGCUCCUAACGAUGAAGCGUUUAAGGCGAAAGGAGUACCUGAUUUGAGCAAGCUCACGAACGCUGAAGUGGUUUCGCUCUUACAGUAUCACGCAGCCGCUAAGUACCUUCCUGUUGGAUCUUUGAAAACAACGAAGGAUUCCAUUAAUACUCUCGCUUCCAAUGGCGCCGGAAAGUUCGAUUUGACCGUUUCCGUCGCCGGAGAUUCCCUCACGUUACACACCGGUGUUGAUUCGUCGAGGAUUGCGGACACCAUUCUGGAUUCCUCUCCGCUUUCGAUUUAUUCAGUCGACAGCGUUCUUCUUCCGCAGGAACUGUUCGCGAAGUCGCCGUCUCCCGCUCCGGCGCCGGAAUCGGUUUCUUCUCCUACUCCUGCACCGUCACCAGUGGCGGAAGCGCCUUCGCCGUUUCCCGCGUCGCCUCCGGCUCCCGCGGGAGAGAGUCCCGCUGGUGCUCCGGCGGAAGCGCCAUCAUCAGAAGCUGAGCGGAGUAGUUCCGCCGGUAAGAAUGACGGGGUUCACGUGAAAGCUUCUGCGGCUCUCACUGUUGCAGUGUCUGCAUUGUCUGCAUUUGUGAUUUCUGCUACUUUUAUGUAAUUUUAAUAUUUUAUUGGUUUUGUUUUGUAAGUGUUUUUUUAGUUUUUUUUUUUAAUUUGCGCUUUUUUUCCGGGAUAUUAUUGGACGGGGAAUUUGGUUUAUUUAUUUAUUUUGUUAUAAAUUAAUUCAGGCAUGUGGUGAUGUAGGGCGUGUUAGUUGUGUAUUUUUAUUUUAGUUUUAAUUUCUGAGUUAUGGAAGAUUCUGGUGUUUUUUGGGUGGUGGUA